AUGUACUUGUCGGUAGAGACGACGAUUCGCUUCGUAAAAAUAUUGUCGAGACUGAUGUUCGGUUGGCCGUUGCCUCUUGGCACUGAGCCUAUCAUCAUCCUGAAACGUCAGAUUUUGAAGCUCUUAUCGAUGGCUCAUAUGAUACUUAUAUUUUUAGCACAGAUAUUCUAUGUUUACCGCAACAGAGAAGACCGCCUCAACAUCUUCUUGUGCAUGACAGAGUUGUCGGCACUAUGUGGUACGAUAGCAAUGAUCUUCAUCUGUCAUACCGACGAAGACCGCCUUCGAGCAUUGAUAACCGAAAUGACGACGUUCGUGAGUAAUGCUACGGAUCAAGAAUUAGCUGUGAUUCGGUUCUACGUGAAAAAGUGUUCAUUACUCCAUACAAUGGUUAUGGCAGUGAUCUUUCCCGGUGGGGUUGUGUACCUUUUGGCACCCAUUGUUCUACCUCAGCCCUUACCGAUUAAGGCCGCAUACCCGUUUUCAAUAGAGCCAUUUUGGAUUUGGGCUCUUCUGUACGGCUUAAAUGUUGUCAUUGCUCUCCAAGUUUCAUCCGCAUUGUUUAUGAGCCUGAUCUUCGUUGUUUUAACCUGGUUCACCGCUGCCAGAUUUGAUAUCCUGAACACGGAAAUCCAAAGGGCGAGCAACCUGAAUGAAGUCAACAAAUGUGUUCUACGUCACCAAGAAAUGCUAGAGUAUGAUUAA